GCACAGCGGGCAAAAAAGGGUCUGCAGCUUCUGUCUGGCAGCGUUGCAAUAAUAGCAGCUCAUCUCCCGCGGGCCUGCCUCCCUCGCCGGGCCGGGGAUAGCUGCUAUUGACCGUUUCUUCCUUGCCUACUUCAUUAUGUUGGCAGGCGGCUCUCAAGACCGCUCAACUUCUGGCCCCCUCCAUCUUUCCAGGUCCCGGUUCCCCGGCCCGGGAGCACCCAGCUGAGUUCUGCACGACGUUCGGGCUCCAGACUGAAGAUCGCUCACUUGUCCUCAAGUCCUGUGCAGCCCUGAGCAGCCACACCACUGACCCUCCAGCCCAGCCCAGCCCUGGAACUCACCUCCAGGAACCAGAGCCUGCCCUCCUGCCUGGAAUGACUCACCAUUAUUUCUAGCUCGAGUGUGAAGACGUGAUGGAGCGUCCGGCUGCCUAUUUGUGUAUCUAGGACUCCCGCAGUCUCUGAUCAGCUCUGUGAGGAAGAGCGCUUUAGAUCCCUGCCUUGCCAGCCGAGCCAGGCUGUCUGUCCAGCUCUCAGGGAGCCCCGCGGGCUCUCCUGCCAGAGCCCAGGCCAAUGCUUCUGUGUUUCCCGGGGCCGCUAGCUGCACCCUGAGCUCCCUGCCACCAGGCAGCUGGAAGGCGUAGCGUGAGGCGCUUCCCUCAGCCCCAAUUAUGACAGUGGCCACCGGAGACCCAACGGACGAGGCUGCUGCCCUCCCAGGCCACCCGCAGGACACCUAUGACCCCGAGGCUGACCACGAGUGCUGUGAGCGGGUGGUGAUCAACAUCUCGGGCCUGCGGUUCGAGACCCAGCUAAAGACCUUAGCCCAGUUUCCAGAGACCCUCUUAGGGGACCCAAAGAAGCGCAUGAGAUACUUUGACCCCCUCCGAAAUGAGUACUUUUUCGAUCGAAACCGCCCCAGUUUUGAUGCCAUUUUGUACUACUACCAGUCUGGGGGCCGGUUGAGGCGACCCGUGAACGUGCCCUUAGAUAUAUUCUCUGAAGAGAUUCGGUUUUACGAGCUGGGGGAAGAAGCCAUGGAGAUGUUUCGAGAAGACGAAGGCUACAUCAAAGAGGAAGAGCGUCCUCUGCCUGAGAAUGAGUUCCAGAGACAGGUGUGGCUUCUCUUUGAGUACCCAGAGAGCUCGGGGCCGGCCAGGAUUAUAGCUAUUGUGUCGGUCAUGGUCAUCUUGAUCUCCAUCGUCAGCUUCUGCCUGGAGACGCUGCCCAUAUUCCGGGACGAGAAUGAAGACAAGCACGGUGGUGGCAUGACCUUCCACACCUACUCCAACAGCACCAUCGGGUAUCAGCAGUCCACGUCCUUCACCGACCCCUUCUUCAUCGUAGAGACGCUCUGCAUCAUCUGGUUCUCCUUUGAGUUCUUGGUGAGAUUCUUCGCCUGCCCCAGCAAAGCCGGCUUCUUCACCAACAUCAUGAACAUCAUUGACAUUGUGGCCAUCAUCCCCUACUUCAUCACCCUGGGGACCGAGCUGGCUGAGAAGCCAGAGGAUGCCCAGCAGGGCCAGCAGGCCAUGUCACUGGCCAUCCUCCGUGUCAUCCGGUUGGUAAGAGUCUUUCGGAUUUUCAAGUUGUCCAGACACUCCAAAGGUCUCCAGAUUCUAGGUCAGACCCUCAAAGCCAGCAUGAGAGAGUUGGGUCUCCUGAUAUUCUUCCUCUUCAUCGGGGUCAUUCUCUUCUCUAGUGCCGUCUAUUUCGCAGAGGCCGAUGAGCAAGAGUCCCAGUUCCCCAGCAUCCCGGAUGCCUUCUGGUGGGCAGUCGUCUCCAUGACAACUGUAGGCUAUGGAGACAUGGUUCCGACUACCAUUGGGGGGAAGAUCGUGGGUUCCCUGUGUGCAAUUGCAGGUGUGUUAACCAUUGCCUUACCGGUCCCUGUCAUUGUGUCCAAUUUCAACUACUUCUACCACCGGGAGACAGAGGGAGAGGAACAGGCCCAGUACUUGCAAGUGACGAGCUGUCCAAAGAUCCCAUCCUCCCCCGACCUAAAGAAAAGUAGAAGUGCCUCUACUAUUAGUAAGUCUGAUUACAUGGAGAUCCAGGAGGGGGUAAACAACAGUAACGAGGACUUUAGAGAGGAAAACUUGAAAACAGCCAACUGCACUUUGGCUAAUACAAACUAUGUGAAUAUUACCAAAAUGUUAACUGAUGUCUGACUGAACCCUAUUCACAUGCUCACUGCUCAGUGGAACUAAUGCAGAUAAAUAGCCUGCAUUGUAGUCAGUGUGUUCUACAGUGUGUAUCUGGUUCUGCAUGGAAAGCAAUAGUCGUGCAAGUGACUUUUGAUCUUUUGAUUUUUGAUUUAGAACACAGAAUAUCUAUCCAUGGCUUUCAUGCAAAUCAUCACCAGGUUUAUGGGUUUCCAAAGAUGGGCAUCACCUAUGGAGCCAGGAAUUCAGAAAGACACAUUGAGGCCACCUCACAUCAAAUACCCACCCUGCCACAUCCUUCCUAAUCAAUCACACACAGGACCCAGGAGAUGUGUCCCCCACCUCUACAACCCAUUUGAGCCUACCUCCCCCUGCACCGAGGAAAACCAUGGUGGCUUAACUUUAAAGCUUUAAAGGUAAUGAUUCAAAAGGUCAUUCCCUUUUUCUUUCUUUCUUUCUUUUCUUUUUUUUUUUUUUGCAUUGAAAAGAACACACAGUCCUGUGUGUUGAAAUUACUUUCUGUGUCACAGGCGAGGGUUUGUGAAUUGCAGUUGCCAAGUAGAUCCUCCGGAGGCUUGUGUUUCAUAACGGAAAAUGCUGCAUUUGGUUUUUCUCUGCAGUGUCAGUGUGAGGGAAGCCCAAGGGAGGGACAGUUAGUAUGACCCAAUGUGAGUUGUCAAGUUUCACAUUUGCUCCCUUAGGCCUGCCGGGAAGCUAACAAAGCAAGGGAGCUCUCAGCCUCAGAUUCUACCAUCCCUGCAGGCUGCAGGGUCACAAAACAUGUCUGAUUUUUUCGUUACACGGGAGUUUGCAGACAUCUGCUUUCCCAGGGCUACGUGGCCCGGCCACACUGACAUUGCAGAGAAAUGUACCAGUGAUGCGAUAGAGCUGCAUGGGUAUUUGUUGCAUGAAUCUCAAUAUUUAAAACACAGGAGAUAACCUAUUUUUCUCAGUAGCCUACACAGUAUUCAUAAUUAGAGUAUUAAUAGCCUUGGAAUGGCAAUGAACUAGGGUCCCCCCCACCCCCAACAGAAGGAAAAAAGCCCUUAAUCAGGAGAAAAAAAUAGAUUGACUAUUUGGAACAGGGGGGCCAAGACUCUAGCCCUCCAGGCCCCCCCCCCACCAAGUCCCCAGUCUUCCACAUGGGGGCACAGACCUCUGCAAAGCCAGGAGAGUGAACAGGGAAAGUAGAUCUAAACACCUCACAUGACUGCACCUUAGAAAUUAAUCCAGUCAUGCACUUGUACAGGUAACCGGGCAUCUGGUCCCGAGGACAGGCAAAUCGGUGGAUCCAGUGUAUAUAAAUAUAUAUCAAGUAUGUCGUACACGAGUUCCUCUACCUAGCUAGCUAUAGAAAAAAAAAAUUGCAUUUGAACCUUGUAUAAGCUUAUGCAAUAUUUUGACACAGGGCAAUUUAUGCAUGUGUUUGACUAUGUGCACUAGUGUAUAUAUAUACAUACCCGUGUAUAUAUAUAUGCACACAUCCAUCCGUGUGUGCAUUCGGGCACACACGCACACACACACGCACAUCAUCCUCUGGAGUUUAGGUCCAGAAGCAAAUCCACUGCUUGGUGGGUUGGUGGUCUAAGAGGCCUGAAGGGGUGAUGUGACUUCAUUGGUGACCCCACUGGGCCUGGUUUGCUGACAUUGCCUCAGACACUCCAGUCUUCAUGGGUUCUUAGAUGUUAAAAUUGUCUUUCUGCCCUCCACGUGCUGCAGCUUCAGUUUCCCGUGGCUGAAGCUUGUCUUACUGAGUGCACAGGGGCCCGAGGGCCCUUGCAUCUCCAGCUGUCCUGGGCCAGCGCCUCUCCUUCCCCAGGCCUCCUCUCUACAGUCCGUCAUGUUAAUCAUGUCCAUGCUCACCUUUUCCCACUGCGUUUGAUUUGUAUUGUCACUGGGCAGGAAGCUCACCCUGAAGAGGGCCCCUGGGAACCCAGUUCCGCAGGGCUGGACGGAAAGGGAACCUCCUCUACCUGCAAAAGGCCAAGACCGAGGGCUAGAGGUCCUAGCUGACCGAAGGCAUCAUUUCGGUUGACAGACUCAAACUCCCUCCCUGUGAAACUGGCACCCAGACUCACUUAGCGAGAACCAAAUGCAAUCGGGGUGAGGACCCCCUCCCUGGCCCCAGCAGCUGAGAGUGAGUGAGCACCGCACAGCUUACAGGGUGUUCCUGGAAUGGGUUGAGGAGGACAGGUUUUUGCCUCACACCCUGGCCUGCUUUGCCUUUCAGCAUAACAGCCGAAAUUUCCCAAGUCCAGUGACUUCUGUGGUCGGGCUGCCCCGGGCCUCUCAGUUGGCUCCAGGCACUUACAGUUACCUUGGGGGUGGGAUACCAGCUCAGGGCGCUAAGCCCAGGGUGCUCAUAGUUCUUGGUUACCCACAUCCCCAGGGGUCUGCAGGCCAUCCCAUGCCCAGCACAAAGCGUCUUUGCUUCUCUUCUCCACGGAGAUGGUGCUGAAUUCCCAAGACAUGGGUGGAGGGACACAGGCCUUUGGAAUAUAGGUAGAAAAAUGACCCAUGCCUGAAGUCUCGGUCCAGGGCUUGCUAUUUUAUCCCAUUGUCCUUGACCUGGGGCUAUAAAAUGUUCCCAGGCCUCCGAGUAUACUUACCUGCGACAAACUAGACACACCGCUAGAGCGUGCCACACACACACACACACACACACACACACACACACACACACACACGUGUAAAACCCCCAGGGACCAAACGAAUGACAAGGGCCUCCCCAGGAGAUGGGUGGGUCUCCCUUGAUCCAAAACAAGCAUAUUCAGCACAGAGCAUGCGCAGGAGAGCUGUACACAGCCAUGAGCUAAGACACACCGGCAAGGAAGAUACAAAAUGCACAGCAGUCACGUGGACACAGUGGGUGGACACAGAAUACACGAAGAAUACCCUGCUGUUGUUUCCACACACGAAAAACAUAAACUCACUUUACACACACCGUGCAUUCACUUAUACAAGACAUGCAACAUACAGCACACCCCAACAACACACACACAAUCUGCGUGCAGUGCACGCCCAUUGCUCAACCCCCAGCGCUGGAAAAGGCACUAACAAAAGAUCAGAGUCAAUCUCCUCCCUCUGUUUGCAUCUGUACCCUGAGAUAUCCUUCAGGAAGUCUCUUCUAGUCUUUCCUCUCCCUCUCACUCCCCAGAUUUCAGAGGAGUUACUCUUUCCCCAGGGUUCAAAGAUGGGCCACCAUUGUUAAGCAGAUCUCUGAGUAUGGCUGGAAAUUUCAUGGGGUGUCUAGCUAUUCACCCUCCUCCUACCAGAAACCCAUGUACAGAGUGUGGAAGGACCCAAGACAGCGGGUAGCCUGUUAGUAUGCACCCCUUGCCAAGCAGGCCCUUCCUUCAAAGCAGCAACCCCUCAUCCCCCCAAGACACCCCAUAGUCCAAGCUCUCGCUCUCAACUCCAGGAUCUCUCGAUUCAGCCCCAUUCUCUUGACAGAGUGGUGGCUCAGAAACUACUGGGUCCUGAGCCUAGAACUGGGGUGAAGCAGCCCCCCAACAUUCUCUCAGUCUAUAUACCUUAGUGCCUCUCGCUCCCCAGCGGCUUUGUCAGGGACGGGUCAGAAAAAGUCCAGACCAUGAAUGAACUUGUCCCUGACUUGCACGUAGCCGAUCACUUGUUCUUAAGAAUAAGCCCAAUGGGCUCAGCUCCUGAGUCCCCUUUGCGCCUCUGCCUUGAAGGACGCCACCUGGAAUCCUGACUCCCAUUCAACCGUUACACCUGAAGAAACUCACACCAGUUCAGCUUAAGUGAAACGUGGUUACAGACCUAAGCCGAAUGCUAAACAAGCAAGCUUUAGAGCAGGUGAUCCUUAUCCACAUUCUCGGGCCAGAUUUAAAUGCUUGUAAGACUGCCCACUGUUUUGGAUUACCGUGAAACUAGCAUUCUUGGCCGAGAGUUGGGUGUGUUUGGCAAAGAUUUCACCUCCAGUAGAAGUUAGCAGCUCAAGUGAGGCCAGGCACCAGGUGUCCCAGCUUGUCCCACCCACCUCCCCGUGACGGUCACUGCUCCAACCUCAUGGCAUUUCUGCCACAGCAAAAUAUGAAUGCGUGGGUCCAAAAUUUGCACAUUAAUCCAGCACGCUGGGCCUUUCGAGUGUUUUCAAGUUAAGAUAGCAAUUUUCUCUUGAACUUCAGAAGGCGUCUCCUCCAGUAGGCUCAAACUUUUCCCCAAAAGUUGGAGUUUUCAGGAAGCUAAAGAGAACAAGUUCCAGAACAGGUGAGGAGGUUGUCAGAGGGUAACUGAGCAGGUCAAAUAUCAGAGUAAAUUUGGGAGCCAAAAUUUAAUUUCAGGCAUAAUUAAGGUUCUGGACUACUUGAAGCUUCUGCAAUACAUGACACAUUUUCCCCUCCUCUUUGCUUCCCACUGUCCUGCUCAGCCGGGCUUCUGAGGCGGGAGUAGGCCUGUCACCAGGAGGAUGGCCUUUGAAAAAGAGCCCCAAGGGAGUGUGCCUGAUCUGAUGUGGAAAGGGCUCCCUUGGGAGUUUUGGUGGCCUGGGUGCUUAUGAGUCUACCCAGUAUGGGAAGGACUUCAGGUCUGGCUUGUUCUGUCUGCUCUCCCUGAGUUCUGCACAUCAGUGCAGUGAGGUCUUUGGGAAAAUUCCUUGUCAGCCAUAAAAUAUCCGUGUGAAGCCGUGCUGAGAGAAGGCGAGGCCCUCUGUCCAAAGGGACUCCAUGAGAGCUGAGGGGCCCAGGCUGCCACACAGUCUUGGAGAAUAGAGAGGAGGGCUGACGUUCCCCGAAGGACAGUCUGUAACUUGCAUAUGAGGGUGGCAGGAAGGGGCACAUGCUUUGAUUUACGCACCCAGAAGUGGGCCUGGCUGCAGCUCCCGUUUUCCUGGGCCCAUGGUCCUCACAGCCUGUUCGUCAUGGCUGAACAGGCUGCUCCAUAUAAGCUGUAAUGUCCAGGGUGCUCCUUAGUUGCCCAGUGGAGGUUCCCCAGCCCUGGCAGUGUCCACUGCCAGGUUUGAGCCCGUGACAUUAGCCUCAUGAACAUCAGGCAGGCCUGAGCCAGCGGCCAGGGCACUGGAUUCAGGAAUAUCCCGGUGGCUUUGUGACCACAUCUUCAACAUGGUCCUUUUCAGACCAGGCCUGCCCCACAGGGGGAGCAAGGGCGGUGUAGAGGUGGGUGGUCCCCUGCGGGCAGGGAAGGGUCUCUUCAUCCAGCUAACCCAGUUCACUGUUUUGCCUUCUUCCUCCUUCCUUCCCCCCCAAACUCAGCUCCAUCUCUCAUAGUUUGUGUUUGAAUAUUUUUAAAGAGGAAAAGUGCAAUAAAAUAAAUAGUGACUGUUUUCUUUAGCAAUAGCUAUUUCAAAACCUUGUUCUCAGGACUGACAACGGUAGUACUUGGAUUAUCAGAAAAAUGCCCUUGGCCUCUGGGCGUUAGUUCAGUCUCCGUCAUCCCCUCUUCUUCCCGCUGUUCACAGGGCUCCUGUCUUCUGAGGCUCUGACCCUCCUGGAAUGUGAGCAUGCGCAGAGGUAUGGUGUGUGCACAGGAAAGCCCACGACAGGCUCGCGUGUCCCCCUGUCUCUCCCAUGUGUGCCUGAGAGUGUGUGCAGGCCUCUGUGAACCUCCAGUCUCCUCCUAUCUACCUACCUUCACGAGCGUGUGUGCAACUUCUAGGUAGCGAAUCCUUGAGCUUGCUCAUCCUGUCAAUCUGGCAGGGUGUAAUGGAAGCCUUCAGGAAAGAGCUUACCAAUAGAUAAGAAUAAGGCAUCCUGAGCCAUUACAGAAGAUCAUUUCCAUGCACUAAAAGCCAUUACUUGAUCCAUUUGUUUCCCAUCCCCCCUCCCCAGGGAGAUGGAUGCUGGGGGAAUGUGGCCUGGAGGUUUACACCUGCUAUCAGUAGCCUGGGUAGAUUGGGGAAAUUGCCCUUGACUGUCCUAGCUUAACCAAAGGGACUCCAUGAGAGGUAGGGAGGGAAGGAAAUUUUUUGGUGAGUAGAGUUCUACAGGGAUAGAAGUUUGGGUGUUUAUGACAUGAAUGAAACACAGAACUGCCACUCACGCGGUCUGCAGUUGCACAAAUAUUUGCACACAUGAUGUGGAGGAGGGGGUCAAAAGAGUCCCCCUUUCCUGAAAAAUCUGUAGGGUUGACUAUUCAGAGUGGAUCAUCAGGGAAGACUGGCAACCCCGGGGCCAAUUCCACUCCUUUGCAAGCUACUUUGCUGCCACACACGUGGACAGCCAAACCUCAGUUACCUGGUGGGGAGUCCUCAGGGAAGGAGCGACCUGACUGCUCCCCACUCCUGGUUAUUUGGGAAUGGCAAAGCAUGUUUUGGUUCAGCCCUUGUUACUGAAAGCAAAAUUGCCUAAGUAGGUUGGUAAAAGCUUCUCUGCCUUAGUCUGUAGAAUGUUUGAAGGCCACGAAAGACCUUGCAUUGCUCAGGGUCACCAUUCUAAACCUCAGUGCUCACUGUACAGAAUGCAGAUGGGGAAGACCAAAGAGACGGUGGUUGUGCCUGGCGGUCAGGCACACCUGGAAGGUGGCUGUUUGGGCGAUCGUAGCUCCUCAGAUAACGAACGCCCUUGCCGCCGUUUGCCUCUUUCUACUGAAAGUAUAGAAAGACAAUGCAAUUCUCGCUCAUCGAGGUUUGGGUGGAUUGGUCCUGAGUAGCCAAGGUUUUCCAUAUAUACAUAUAUCUGUGUAUAUAAGUGUAUAGUAUAUGUAUAUAUGUACACCAUUGUUUCAACGAUUAUAUGAUAACACAGUGACCAAUCCCCUUAGCUUCACGGAUGUGAAAAAAAUUGGCAAUCCGAGAAAUAAACUGCAUUUAUUGAAUCUUUUCAAUGACAUUCUUGUGCAUGCUGCCCUCCUCUCCAGCUCAGCUCUUUUGCUCUGGGCAGGGCCCUCUCUCGAGAAGGCUGUUCUUUCCUAACAAAAGCUCGGGCUCCCAGAUCACCUCUUUCCUUUCCCUCCCAGGUGGCUGCCUGACUCAGGGAUAAAAGGGAAGUCUGAUCUAAGGGCCUGGUGCUUGAUCCUUUGUUCUGUCUGUGCAGCUUGGCUGGAACCUCACCACUGGGGACCAGAGAAGUUAUUCCAAACUUUGUCGCGCUAGGGGCGUGGAAAGCUGCAAGACGUGGCAAAGGAUUCAUUUGUUUAGUUGUUUUUCUUUGUCAUCGGAGGUGCCCUAGUCUUGAAUUUUGUGAGAUCUGAAAGUAACAUUUUUAAGGAAGAGCCAGAGAGCGUGAGACACGGUGCAGCAGCCGGUGCAGCUCAGAAACCCAGCCCGUGUUGAUUCUGACCCAGUCUAGGCUGGAUUCCGUUGCCUCUCUGGAGACACAUCUGGGUCUGUGCUAAAACCUGCCCUUAUUCUCUAGCUUCCCUGGCAGUGUGGUGGGUCAUGGGCAAAGGUGCCAGCCUCACCACCUGCCUUUGACUGUGCGCCCCCAACUUGCCUCCAUGGUAUCUGGGGCAAAGGUGCCUGCCGUCUCUCCGCACUCCCGGCAACCCUCUGGUCUGACCAAGCUGGCAGCAGUCAGCCAGGAGAAACCCAUACCCCAGACUUCGCAUGACAGGCGGGUAAACUAGGGCAGUUGAAGAGCCUGUCUAGAUGGCCACUUCUUACACUGCAUGACCUCAGCGUGGAAACGGAUAUAACUUUCUGUGCUCCGCUGCACUCCUAAAAUAGCCAGCUAUGUUCCAAAUGAGUUUGCAGCUGAGAACUCCCCGCAUCAUUCCACUGACGAUGCGCAGGGCAGGUGUGAUUGCAUAACCCUGUGGCCAGCUGCUGUGACAUCUAGGUAAUUGAGGGCAGUGUGACUGUGGCCGAACUGGACCGACGGUAGCUAAACAGGGGACCCAGGCCUGUGUCUCUUCUCAGUCCUCCCGAGAGGCCGCUCAGCCCUGCUCCUCCUUGAAAAUAAUUCCCCAGACACUGACUACCUUGUUUGGAUGAGCGCAUGAACACUCUAGUUGCUGGCAAAAGCAGGAGAUGAAGCUGGGCGUAAGGGAACACUUAGCGGCUGGCUUUGCUACCUGUACACCAGACAAUUCCCACGUCUGUUCGUAUCAUUGUCUUUUGAGCAGGUCACAGGGCAAGGUCUGUGACCUGCCAGGUGGCCCUAGGCAAGAGGAAACGGCCCCAGGCUGGGAAGCAGAAGGGAGAGCCAGGGAGCUGCCUGGCGGGCUUGGGCGAAGGUGGGUGUCAGCACCAGAGGGUCUGAACAUGCUCCCUGCUUGCUCCACUUCUGCCUUCACGUGGGAUCCAGCGACCCACUUUCCUUUUGUGGUCGUGCUUGGAUGAGUCCUCCAUUCGAGGGCCCCAGGAAGCUGGAAAGUCCCAUGAUUGAGCUCCAGCCUGCCGAGCAAACAGUGCCCUGGCCAAGUUGGCCUUGGCCUGGGUUUCUGCAUCCCCACACCCUCGCUCCGCUAAGGGUAAUCUUGGAACAGUCAGAGUUAUUGGUGCCAGCAAGCAAGGCGAAUUCUCUAGUUUUCAUCAGGGACACAGCUGUAAAGCUCCUGAGUGCGGGACGUGAUUUCCUCUGCUAGACCUGUGUGCUGCUGCGCUUAUAUAGGCCUUCUCUGGGGAGUCUACGUGUUACACACUCACAUCUAUAUAAAUGUGGAAAUGGCCGCUCACUCAGGCUCACCCAGCUCAGACUCUAACGAGGGCUUGCACUGGCUUCUUUACUGCCCAUGCAUGGAUUGACAGCUGCCCUCCCCUGUCCUGUCUCUAAUAAUUGCUGCAAACUCAGAGAAGAGAGGCAGAUAAAAAGCCUCCCUGGGAUCAAUAAGAGAAGGAACUCCAAGGCUGAUGGUGAAGCUUCGUAAGGAUGAUGCCGAAAGGGAACCGGGGUCUCCAUGGUGAUAAGAGGCUGGGGACCAAUGGGAGCUGAAGGCGGAGCAGGACUUGUGGGGAAGACGCAGGGGAGAUGGGAGUCGUUUAACUAUUUGUUAGCUUCAUGACAAUUUAGACACCAGCUGUAACUGCAUUGCACAGGAUGUAUAGAUAGUAUCAUUCUUGCUGACAUAUUCUGGUAGCUUUCAGCCCACCAACACUGCCCUGCUCAGGACUUCUGCAGCUGAGAGUUCCGGUGUCAGUAGGGUCUGAUAUUUGUACAUAGGUUAUACAUAUAUGUGUACAUACGUGCCUCAAUGAACAUUGCCUGUCCACCUGAUCAUGGGUGUAUACAGACUUCAUAGAACUCCACAGUCUUUUGUAAAUAUCAACACGAGUAAAUAAGUAUAUAAAUAUA